UCAUGUGAUCAGCUGUGUCCAAUCACAGCUAAUCACAUCUGUCACGCUGACAGUUCGAGAGGAGAGCCGAGCACUGAUGAUCAGUGUAGCCCCAGCAGUGCCACCUGCCAGUGUCCAUCAGUGCCAGCUAUCAGUGCCACAUCAAUGCCUACCAGUGCACAUCAAUGCCACAUAUCGGUGCUCAUCUGAGCUGCCUUUCAGUGUCACCCAUCAGUGCCAGCGUAACAGUGCCAGUCAGUGCUGCCUAUCAGUGCCAUAUAUCAAUGCUGCCUUUCAGUGCCCAUCAGUGCCACCUACCAGUGCCUCCUCAUCAAUG